AUGUUCCCUGCAACGUCUCUCCUCGCUCUUGCUACCCUCGCGCUCUCGGUCGCGGCAUCGCCUGCUGCCCGCGGCUCGCCCAUCACACUUCCCAUUGCGCGGAGACUCAAUGCUAGCAAUGGCCCCGUCAAUCUGCACCAGCGUGAUCAAGCCCGUGCUGCUGCUUUGAAGGCGCGUGGGCAGGCCAUCAAGGAGGGCAAGCUCGACCGCCGCGCUGCAAGUGUUCCCGUGACCAACGAAGUCGACACCUACAUCGCUGCAGUUGGCGUCGGUAGCCCCGCAACUACGUACAACCUCAUUGUCGAUACCGGCAGCUCCAACACCUGGGUCGGUGCCGGGACGGCUUACGAGGAAACUAGCACCAGUAAGGCUACUGGUUACAAUGUUGAAGUGACUUACGGCUCGGGAUCGUUCUCUGGCAAGGAGUACACGGACACCGUUACCUUGGGAACGCUCACUAUCACCGGACAGUCUAUCGGUGUCGCAUCCACAUCCGAGGGCUUCGAGGGCGUAGAUGGUAUCCUGGGAAUUGGACCUACUGACCUCACUGAGGGCACUUUGACCAACGAUGAGGAUGCUGAGAUCCCUACGGUUACCGACAACUUGUAUUCUCAGGGAACUAUCUCGACUGAAGUCGUCGGCGUCUCCUUCGAGCCCACUACCUCUGAGGAGGUCACCAACGGGGAGCUCACCUUCGGUGGGACCGAUUCGUCCAAGUACACUGGCACCAUCGCCUAUACCCCCGUGACUACCACCGAGCCCGCAUCGUACUACUGGGGCAUCAACGAGAGCAUCGACUAUGGCUCGGAGACGAUCCUCUCGGAGACCGCCGGUAUCGUCGACACCGGCACUACCCUCGUUCUCCUUGCCACGAACGCAUACGAUAAGUAUGUUUCAGCCACCGGUGCCACCUACGACGACACCACCGGUUUGCUCCGUAUUUCUUCGAGCGAUUACGACAAACUCGACGACCUGAACUUCAACAUCGGUAGCAACACGUACGCUUUGACUGCCAACGCCCAGAUCUGGCCUCGGUCGCUCAACACCUACAUCGGUGGUUCGAGCGACGACAUUUACCUAGUCGUCAACGAUCUCGGCUCUCCCAGUGGCGAGGGUCUCGACUUCAUCAACGGUUACACUUUCCUUGAGCGUUAUUACUCUGUCUUCGACACCACCAACUCGCGUGUCGGGUUUGCAACGACCGAGUACACUGAUGCCACCACCAACUAA